CUAUUUGGUGCCAAAGCCUGUUCUUGUGGGGACGAGUUUGACUGGAGGUAUCUAUGUGAAGCCCCGGGAGCCAUGACAGACUUCUGGUUGAUUUCUGUCCCCCUGGACAAGACCAGUUUAACCAGUGUAGAGAAACUCAAGCACACCAUUGCCAAAACCAACCUGGCCUCCUGCUGCAAGUUCUCAAUUCCAGAUCUCAAGGUGGGAAUACUGGACAGUCUGCUCAGCGUGUCAGAUGACCUCUCCAAGCUCGACACACUGACUGAAAGUGUGAUUAAAAAAACAUGUCAGUGUAUGAGGGAGGUGAUGGAGCAGUCCGGUGACAAAGUGCUGGAAAACGCCUUAGCCAAUGGAGUGGACCUGAUGACCUACGUGACCAGGUUUCAGUGGGACAAAGCCAAGUAUCCCACAGCUCUGCCUCUCUCCAGCUUGGCAGAAAUCAUCAACAAGGAAGUUUCCCAGAUGGAGACGGAAUUAAAAUCCCGAGCUGCGGCGUUCAACAGUGUGAAAAUGAGCUUGCAAAGCCUUGAGCACAAACUAGAUGGGACUUUGCAAACUUGCAGUCUGAAUGGUAUAGUGAGGAAGGAAGACCUGGUGGUCUCAGAGUACCUCACCACUCUGCUGGUAGUAGUGACCAGAGGGAGCUACUUGCUGUGGGAGGGGACCUAUGAAUCUUUGUCAGAGUUCGUGGUUCCACGGUCCAGCAGGAAGCUCUACGAGGAUGGAGAGGGAGGCAUUUUCUCAGUUACACUUUUCAAAAGAGCUGUGUGUGAAUUCAAAGCCAAAGCCCAGGAGAGCAAGUUCAUCGUACGUGAGUACCACUUUGAGCUGGAGGACAAGAAGCAGCAGGAGAUGAAGCAGCUGAGUGUUCACAAGAAGGAACAAAAUGGAGUCUUUGUGCGUUGGCUGAAGGUGAAUUUCAGUGGGGUGUUUGUUGCUUGGAUUCACCUGAAAGCGCUGAGGGUGUUUGUGGAAUCAGUCCUCAGGUAUGGAUUACCGAUGAACUAUCAGGCUCUUCUGCUGCAGACGGACAAGAAGCGUUCAAAGAAACUGAGAGCAGAACUCGCCUCGCUGUUCAUGCAUCUGGACCCCACUGCCACUGCCAGCAAGACAGAUGUAAGCUGUGACAUCCCAGGACUCAUUCAGCAAGAGUACUGCUCCUACAUCUGCUUCCACAUCAACACCAAUGUGCUGGAGAUCAGCUAGCAGUCAGCAAAAAGAAGACCUGCUCGGUGACCAAGCUACGAGGGCCCUGACGCUCAUGUGGUGGACACCACUCAGAGCCAGGAACAUAAAGACCCCUGACUCUAAAAUAAAACAUAUCCAGUGAUAUAUAUCCUUGAAUAUAUUGGUUUUCCACAUUUCUUGUGAGCCAGACAUAACUGCCCAGUUUCCCUUGGACAGCAGUAGACGGAUUGGGGCCCUUUUCACCACUCAAUACCAGCUGCACAUGGAACUGCGGAACCAUUUAAAUAUGUUUAAUAUCUAAAAAAUGUUGUUCAGUGUUUUCUUUUGAAAGAAUGUGUACUGUAAAUGUUAAUGUAGGUGUACAGUUUCAAGCAUUUUAAGUGAGCACAUUCUUCUUAGAAAUCCUAAAGCCAUUUUAGUGUGAUGAAGUGUCUUUCUUCAUGCACGGUUGCACAUUAUUCAACACAAAAGUCCAGUACAUUUAUCAGUGCAUUAUUCAGUAUAUUGUGUAGAGACAACAUAUCAUGACUCUGUAUAAAUAUCACUUGUCUUUAAGCUCAUGUUUGAUCAGUAUGUUUUUAAAUGUAAUGCUAUCAGUGGUGGAAGUUCUCAGAUCCUAGUAGUACCAAUACCACAAUGACCACAACGUAAGAAUACUCCAUUACAAGUAACAGUACUGCAAUCAAAAUCCUACUUAAAGUUAUAUUCCUUAAGAUUUUCAUGAAAUCAGACCACAUAUUUUAUAAUAUUCGUUUUUCAGCAAUAGUCAUUCAGUGCAUUUACAUUCAGUCUAUAUAGUAGUUUUAACAGUGAAGUGCGUUAUUCCUGCACUCACUGUCGCCAAAUAAACCACCACUAUUAUCAGCUAAAUGUACUUAAAGUAUCAAAGUAAAAGCAAGUGUUGUGCA